AGCACUUCCGGUCCUGGGGCUGGAUCUCGGGUCGCUGAAUGGUUAGGCGAAUCCCAGGGAUGGGGGAGCCUGGUGGCCUGCCGUCUGUGGGGUCGCACGGAGUCGGACACGACUGAAGCGACUUAGCAGCAGCAGCAGACCUGUAUCUAUCGGGGAAACAGGCAGCCAUGGAUGCCAAGUGGUGCUGAGGGCAGUGGGGCAUGGCUGCAGCCCUGCAGGUCCUGCGUCACUUGGCCAGAGCCCCCUCGGGCCCACUCCUCUUGGGGGGCCCAUUGGCCCGCCUGGCCAGUAGCAUGGCUCUGGCAGAGCAGGCACGGCAGCUGUUUGAGAGCACUGUGGGUGCAGUGCUGCCGGGCCCCAUGCUGCAGCGGGCCCUGUCCUUGGACCCUGACAGCGGAGAGCUGAAGGUGCGGGACCGGAGCUUUCAGCUGAGGCAGAACCUCUACCUGGUGGGCUUUGGCAAGGCUGUGCUGGGCAUGGCAGCUGCAGCUGAGGAGCUCCUGGGCCAGCAUCUUGUGCAGGGCGUGAUCAGUGUUCCCAAGGGGAUCCGUGCGGCCAUGGAGCAUGCCGGCAAGCAGGAGAUGCUGCUGAAGCCACACAGCCACAUCCAGGUAUUCGAGGGUGCGGAGGACAACCUGCCGGACCGGGACGCUCUGCGGGCUGCGCUGGCCAUCAGGCAGCUGGCCGAAGGCCUCAAAGCUGACGACCUGCUGCUCGUGCUCAUCUCAGGGGGGGGCUCAGCCCUGCUGCCCGCCCCCAUCCCACCUGUCACACUGGAGGAGAAGCAGACGCUAACCAAGCUGCUGGCAGCCCGGGGGGCCACAAUCCAGGAGCUGAACACCAUCCGGAAGGCCCUGUCCCAGCUCAAGGGCGGGGGGCUGGCUCAGGCUGCCUACCCUGCCCAGGUGGUGAGCCUCAUUCUGUCAGACGUGGUGGGGGACCCCGUGGAGGUGAUUGCCAGCGGCCCCACUGUGGCCAGCAUCCACAGCGUGCAAGACUGCCUGCACAUCCUCAAUCGCUAUGGCCUUCGCGCUGCCCUGCCACGUUCUGUGAAGACUGUGCUGGCCCGGGCCGACUCUGACCCCCACGGGCCACAUACCUGUGGUCAUGUCCUCAACGUGAUCCUUGGCUCCAAUGCACUGGCACUGGCCGAGGCUCAGCGGCAGGCUGAGGCGCUGGGAUACAGGGCUGUGGUGCUGAGCACAGCCAUACAGGGCGAUGUGAAAAGUGUGGCCCAGUUCUACGGGCUGCUGGCCCGAGUCGCUGGAGCCCGCCUCGCCCUGCCUGGCACUGGGGCGUCUGUGGAGGAGGAUGAACGACUCUGUGAACUAGCAGCUGACCUCCAGCUCCCAGAUCUGCAGCUGAAGGAGGCUCUGGAGGCUGUGGUGGGCGCUCGGGGCCCAGUCUGCUUGCUGGCUGGUGGCGAGCCCACAGUGCAGUUGCAGGGCUCAGGCAAGGGUGGCCGCAACCAGGAGCUGGCCCUGCGUGUUGGAGUGGAGCUGCGACAGUGGCCACUGGGGACUGUUGACGUGCUGUUUUUGAGCGGCGGCACUGAUGGGCAGGAUGGGCCCACAGAGGCAGCCGGGGCCUGGGUCAGGCCUGAGCUCACCAGCCAAGCUGCCGCUGAGGGUCUGGACGUGGCCACCUUCCUAGCCCAUAAUGACUCACAUACCUUCUUCUGCCGCUUCCAGGGUGGGGCACACCUGCUGCACACGGGGCUGACCGGCACCAAUGUCAUGGACGCCCACUUUCUGUUCCUGCAUCCGCAGUGAUGAUGUAGGUCAUGUUUUGGGGGUAGGUCAUGUAGAAGAGGCCUGCAGGGCAGCGUCCUGGAACAGACCAGGUUUGGUCCCCAGGGCCCGACCAAGCUUCAGGGCCCCUUCUCCCUUGGCCGUGGCUACUUGGUUGGCCCUCACACCUCCCAACCAGGGCCUCUUCUCUGUGUCCAGUUUCACACUGGCCAGGCAGAUGGGGGCUCUCUUCCACCCCUACUCUCAGCCAUGGCAGCAGGUACCCCAGAGGACCAGGACAGGCCCCUGGGCCAGUUCGCUGUUCCUAGUCUUCCCCCCAGGCAGCCCCUCUGCUCAGCUCCCA